CUUCUCACUUAGAAGCCUCUUCCAAUUCUCUUCUAUUUUACAAUCUUAAUUUUCUUGCUCUCUCUGUGAUUUUCUUCUUCUGGGUUUUUGUUUCAAGAUUAAGAAUUUUAUCUUAAACACUUCAAUUUUCUUUGUUCAUCAUCUGGUUUUUUCAGUUUUAUUUCUAAAUUGGAAGUGUUUCUUUUAAUGUUUAAUAAGUUGUUCUUAAUGUUUCAGAUUAAUGUCUCCAAUCCUCAGUGAAAUCCUUCUUUCCGGGUUUAUGAUAAACUCAACACUUAGACGCAGGACCCAUUUAGUUCAAUCUUUCUCUUGUUUCUUCCUCUACUGGUUUUAUGUUUUCUCAUGAUUUAUAUCUCCUGAAUCUGAUCUUCAUCCUUUAAAACUCUCUUCUUUCCUUUUUUUCUUAUUACUAGUAAUUAGAUUUUUAAGAAGAAAUACUAGUAUUGAUUAAUUUUCAAAUUCAGGGUCCUGCGUCUUUAAUUUUCUAUUUAUUAUUCUAUUACUUUGAAAUGGCUUCUUCAAGUACUACUACUGGGAGUGGAACUUCAUCAGGAGGAUCUCUAGAUACUACUCUUCAUAAGUCGGGUUCAGAACGGGAUCUUCAACAACAUGUUGAAAUGGAUCAGAGGAAGAGGAAGAGAAUGCUAUCAAACAGAGAAUCUGCAAGGAGAUCAAGGAUGAGAAAACAGAAGCAUUUGGAUGAACUCAUGGAUCAAGUAACUCAAAUUAGAAAGGAAAAUAAUCAGAUCUUAACAAGUGUCAAUCUCACUACUCAACACUACUUGAACAUUGAAUCUGAGAAUUCAAUUUUAAGAGCUCAGAUGGAUGAAUUGAACAACAGAUUACAGUCUUUGACUGAGAUCAGCCACUACCUAACUGCAAACAACAAUAAUAACAACAGCCUUAAUAAUAAUAUUGGUAAUAUUGGGUUUGAUUAUCAGACUGAUUUUAUGAACCCUAAUUAUCAAAAUUAUUAUAAUCAACAACAACCCAUUAUGGUCAACACUAUUCAUGACAUGAAUCCAUGGAAUAUGCCUUCUUCUUAUAUGAGUCAACCCAUUAUGGCGUCAGCUGAUAUGUUUCAAUAUUGAUGCAUAAAAAUAUUUUUUAUGGGUUUGGAAAUGGGGACGGGUGCGGGUUUUCACGGGACGGGCCAACCCGCGGGUUCUGGCUUGGUUUGCCAGCUCUAGUUUUGGGUUUGUUUGUUGGUUUAGGUAAUGAUGUGUUCAAGUUUGUGUUUUGUUUGUUAAUUGAGAGAGUGGAGUUUGGUUUAGUGGAAAACUUGGGAAUUAUUAAGAACUGGUUUUUCUCUCUUAAUGAUUAGGUUAUAUUUUACUAGUUUGUUUAGGGAGUAUAUUAUGAUGUAAUAAUUCUCCAUUUAAAUAAAUGAUAUAUAUAACUUCUAUUAUUGUUGUUCA